UAUAAACACAUAUAUAGAAGUAUAUAGAGAGGUCUGAAUGUCUUAUCACUCACUGGUUUGCACGAGCCCGUGCUGAGAUGCCACACUCAACCUCCUCACACAAUUGAAGUCAACUGAAAAAAAUCGGUCUUGACAGCCGCUCUCCUCUGUGAGGAACUGGGUAGUAGCAGGAGCGAGAGAGUGAGGAGUGGGAGGAGGGAGUGAGAGUCUGAGAGAGGGAGAGAGGGGGAGAGAGAGACUUGUACAUUGAAAGCCAGCCUCAGCCUCUAUUGUGGUAAGCAGGCAAGGGAAGGCGUUUAAGCAGAGGACUUUAAACCCACAGCCGCAACUCUGGUCAUCACUGUAGAGACCCCCGAAAUCAGAGGACAAGGCAGUAUGGAGGAGGAAAUGGAUGAGGGACAGACCCAGAAGGGAUGUAUGGAGUGUUGUCUGAAAUGUUUAGGAGGAAUCCCUUAUCCAUCCCUGAUUGCCACCAUCCUGCUGUAUGCUGGAGUGGCGCUCUUCUGUGGAUGUGGACAUGAAGCUCUUUCUGGAACGGUCACCAUCCUCCAGAACUACUUUGAGGUGAUCGAGGGACCUGGAGAUGGUCUGGAUGUGUUUACAAUCAUUGACAUUAUCAAGUAUGUGAUCUAUGGCAUUGCCUCUGCAUUCUUCGUCUAUGGCAUUCUUCUGAUGGUCGAAGGCUUCUUUACCAGUGGGGCCAUCAAGGACCUGUAUGGAGACUUCAAGAUCACCACCUGUGGGCGCUGUGUCAGUGCAUGGUUCAUCAUGUUGACGUAUAUCUUCAUGUUGGCCUGGCUGGGUGUGACAGCAUUCACCUCUUUGCCUGUCUUCAUGUAUUUCAACAUCUGGACCAUUUGCCAAAACAUGACCAUUCUGGAGGGAGCAAGUUUAUGUCUUGACCCGCGCCAGUUUGGUGUCGUGCCCAUUGGAGAGGAGAAGACUGUAUGUGCAGGAUCAGAGAAGUUUUCCAAAAUGUGUGAAUCGAAUGAGCUGGAUAUGACUUUCCAUUUGUUUGUGUGUGCGUUGGCUGGGGCUGGAGCUGCAGUCAUUGCCAUGAUCCACUACCUGAUGGUGCUGUCUGCCAACUGGGCCUAUGUGAAGGAUGCAUGUAAAAUGCAGAAAUAUGAGGACUGCAAGUCCAAGGAGGAGCAGGAGCUGCAUGACAUCCACUCUACACGCUCCAAGGAACGGCUCAAUGCCUACACAUAAGACAGGAAGCAGCAGUGAGGGCGAGAGUGCUUUCACUUCCUGUUGAAGGGAGUUUUGGCACUGGUGCAGUCCAGGUGGUGUGUCGUAUGAUCAACCCCAUGGCCAACCCAUUACCUCUCACACAAAAAUGUAUAUUAUUAUUAUUAGUGCUAGCAGUAGUGUUUAAGUUUUUUUCACAUUAUUGUAUUUAUUUAUUUAUUUUUUUGAUUUUGCUGGUUCUUUUUU